CGACUGACACCCUGUGGAGUAUUUCAAUCACAAAGUGUCUCCCAUCUAUUCGCUUGAUGAUGCAAGGUAGAAGGAGAUGCUCGCGUUCGUGAUGGCUCUCAAGCGAUGGCGGCACUUCCUCCGGCGGCACUUCCUCCGGCGGCACUUCCUCCGGCGGCACUUCCUCCUUGGGCGUCGUAGGUUCACAUGGGUUACGGACAACAACCCACUGACUUAUUACAAGACGCAGGAUACGGUGAGCAGCACGAUCGGACGAUGGAUGUACUUCAUCGACCAAUUUGACUUCACACCGAAACAUCUUCCAGGCCUCUCCAAUCGCGCAGCAGAUGCACUCUCGCGAAGACCUGAUCUUUGCGCUAUGACACAUCAUGCCUUCGCAUUCGACGAGGAACUUCAGCGACACUUCAUCCGGGGAUAUGAGUCGGAUCCGGACUUCGCCACGUUGUAUGCGCAGCUAUCUUCGGAUCACCCGCCGGCCAGCCGCUAUCGCAUUGCCAACGGCCACUUGCUCCUCCACUCGAGAGGCAAGGACUUAUUGCGUGUCCCACGAGACCGUCGUCUUCGGACUCGCCUUCUCGGUGAGUAUUAUGACUCGCGACUCGCCGGCCAUUUCGAAGUCAACCGCACCAUUGCACGGCUUCGACAACGAUUCCGAUGGCCCGACCUCAUUACCGAUGUCACUCGGUAUUGCGACUCUUGCGAAGUUUGCCGACGAAGCAAGCCCCGCAAUCGUAACCCCUACGGCGAAUUGCGCCCGAUGCCUAUCCCACGGGAACCCAGCCUCUCCAUUGCCAUGGAUGUCACCGGACCAUUUCCUUGCGAUCGCCUCGGGCACGACGGCAUCCUCACGGUUGUGGACUGUUUGAGUAAGUAUACGCGUUUUCUCCCUUGCAAGUACUACUCCACGGCUCCCGAGCUGGCACGCCUCUUGCACACCGGUUGGAUUUGUGGCCACGGUGUACCGGAAGACAUAAUCAGCGACCGCGACACUCGCUCCAUGUCGGCAUUUUGGACUGCUCUCAUGCAGGAGUCCGACACGAAGAUGAAACCAAGUUCGGCUCGGCAUCCACAGACGGACGGGCAAACGGAGCGGGCACAUCAAACCGCUCAAAUCAUGCUUCGUACGCUUAUCCGUCCGGACCAGAAAGAUUGGGUUGACCGCCUCCCCGACAUCGAGUUCGCCUACGACACUUCGGUGCACCCGACGAUCAGCGUGACUUCAUUUGAGUUGCACCACGGUGGACGGAAAGGCCGUAUCUUCGUCGACCUUCUCCUCCCACGACCAGCCGACAUUGACGCCGCUUGCUCUCCCGCUUCCGUCCGGAAGUAUAGGGAAUUGCUGGCUCAAGCCUGCUCAAACAUGCAAAAGGCUCAAGUCCGCAUGCAGCAGCAAGCCAACAGGCGUGGCGUGCCAUGUCCCAUCCGCGCCGGUGAUCUGGUUUGGGUCUCCGCAGAAGAGUUUGCACUGGAACAGGAUGUUUCACGCAAACUGCUUCCCAAGUGGUUUGGACCAUGGCCCGUAACAUCAGCCGCGGGCGAUGAGCCCGAUGACCCUUCGUUUGUGAUCAACAUCCCGGCGCAUCUAACGGUCCAUCCUGUCUUUCAUGCCUCGAAGCUGGCAACAUAUACACCAGCUAAGAGCGACGACUUCCCAGGCCGACGAUCGCAGGACCCUCCAUCUAUGGAUGGUCAUCAAGAAGUUGACCGCGUGAUCACGGAUCGCAAGUACGGCAACAAGCCUUGCCAGUACAAAAUUACAUUCAGAGCAUGCGAUCCCGACGACACUCGGUGGAUUUCAGGAACAAAUUUGAAAGCAUCCGCACCACUGAUCUACGCUCACUACGAGCGACAGAGGUUAGCUCAGGGACCUUCACGACCUGCCCCUCCCACCCAGACUGUGGUCCCUCCCUCAGACAGACAGCUUCGCCCUCGCAGGUAAGCUCGGUUUUUCAAGGAUGGGGGGGUGUGGCAUACUGCGUAGCCACACGG